CGCCCCCCGCGCAGGCGCACGCGCACUGCCGCCCAGCCGCCUAGUCAAGCUCGGCCCGGCUCCCGCCCAGGCGGCGGCCGACGCGACGCCCGGAGCGCUCACCUCGGUCCUCCUACCGCCCCCGGCAGGUUCCCUAUCUCCUGAGGGAGACACUGCUUCCGAGGUUGGCGAGGCUCCAUAGGAGGCAGAGAGGCUUGGAUCGGCAGACACCCUCCCACGGUGCGUCCUCCACUCGGGGCCGUGACCUCUCCGCCUGGGGCGCUGCAGAGCCAUGGCGACCGAGGAGAAGAAGCCGGAGACAGAGGCCGCCCGAGCACAGCCCACCCCGUCGUCCUCUGCCACACAGAGCAAGCCCACACCAGUGAAACCAAACUACGCUCUUAAAUUCACCCUGGCCGGUCACACGAAAGCUGUGUCCUCCGUGAAGUUCAGCCCGAACGGGGAGUGGCUGGCGAGUUCGUCUGCAGACAAACUCAUUAAGAUUUGGGGAGCAUAUGAUGGGAAAUUUGAGAAAACCAUCUCCGGUCACAAGCUGGGCAUAUCCGACGUGGCCUGGUCGUCAGAUUCUAACCUCCUUGUUUCCGCCUCAGAUGACAAAACCCUGAAGAUCUGGGACGUGAGCUCGGGAAAGUGUCUGAAAACCCUGAAGGGACACAGCAACUACGUCUUUUGCUGUAACUUCAACCCCCAGUCCAACCUCAUCGUCUCCGGCUCUUUUGACGAGAGUGUGCGGAUAUGGGACGUGAAGACAGGGAAGUGCCUCAAGACCUUGCCGGCCCACUCGGACCCCGUCUCAGCCGUUCACUUUAAUCGGGACGGAUCCUUGAUAGUUUCCAGUAGCUACGAUGGUCUCUGUCGGAUCUGGGACACCGCCUCGGGCCAGUGCCUGAAGACGCUCAUCGAUGACGACAACCCUCCUGUGUCCUUCGUGAAGUUCUCUCCAAACGGCAAAUACAUCCUGGCCGCCACCUUGGACAACACGCUGAAGCUCUGGGACUACAGCAAAGGCAAGUGCCUGAAGACGUACACAGGCCACAAGAACGAGAAGUACUGCAUAUUCGCCAACUUCUCCGUCACCGGCGGGAAGUGGAUCGUGUCGGGCUCGGAGGACAACCUGGUCUACAUUUGGAACCUGCAGACCAAGGAGAUUGUGCAGAAGCUUCAGGGCCACACAGGUGAGCAGGGCGUCUGCUGCCGCCGUCACUGCCCGGCGCCCGGGACACCCACUCCAGCUGCUCUGGGAGCCCCUCCUCGUCUGCAGCCAGCUGCCCAGCUCUGAAGUCCCUGCGGCCCGUGGCCUCCUGGGAGUGGCCGGGGCCCCGUGUGGAGAUGACACCAUCGACCCGGGCUCCUCCCGGGCCCCACCCUCCUUGCUCCUCUCCCCAGCGCUCAGGGGCCAGCAGUGUGGAGCCCUUAGAGAUCUGCCCAGGGCGACACCUUCUCCCUAAGGACGCACGUGACCCAGGAGCAGGGCCCACCCCUGCCCCUUGCCUUCGGCCUCCGCAGUCGGCUUGUGGCUUCUGUGUGUGCAGGAUGCUCAGAGGCUCACUUGAGGCCACCCCGGCCGGAGGGAAAAUGCUGGGGUCCCGUUUCCUGAAAAGCUACGAACGCACUGACCUGCCUGAUGCCGGGGGCAGCUCACGACGGGAUCUGCUGUCCCCGCCCUGGGUGGGCUUACAGAGCCCCCCCGACGGAGCCUCAGGGCCCACGCUGGUCCGGGGGCAGCCCUGGCCCAGGUGUGGGGGGUGUGACGUCCACCCUGCGAGCUUGGCGGCGGCGCCGGCGUGCCUCUGGCUCGUGGGGUGGCCCUCGCCUCGCCGGGGUCUGGGCGGGGCUCCGCUGUCCUCCCCCCGGACGCCAGCUGUGUGUGCUGGGCGCAGGGCGGGCGGCUCCGCGAGGAGGGACGGGCCCACGGGGAGAGCCGACGCGGACCGUCUGU